GGGGCUAGAUCCGUGCUUCAUCGACCUCGCCGGUGUACCUGGUGCUCCGGCUACAAAGCUGUUGAGGAACCAGGUAACUGGCGAGUGACGAUGGCCGGAUCUGACGACGAGACGGUGGAGCUCGGUGUUACCGAGAACGAGGAGCGGCGAUUGUGCGGGAUGGCCGGAGAUGAUGACGAGGAUGACUUGCGCGAGGACCGUGAUGCCUUGUUCGGCCCUGGUGCUGAUGAUCCCAUCAACGUCGACGAUGAUGGCCCUGUUGUACCUGCCUGCGGCGGUGCACCUCCCCCAGACGGUAACAGCGCCAAGUGCUCACGUCCCUCUACCUCUCCUGUUUGGGAUGAUUUCGAGAAGCUGUUCAAAACCACAGCUGAUGGUAAGACCGUCAGGUAUGGAGCUAGGUGCCUACAUUGCUCUAAGAUCUACUCUGGUUUUUCUAGUGGUGGCACUGGUCAUCUUUCACGCCACAUUGCCUCUUGUGUUAAGAGGCGUGAAAAAACUCGCAUGUCUCAGUCUCAAAUCUCUUUUAAUCCUGAUGGUAGUAUGCGUACUUGGGACUACUGUCCUCUGGUUGCUCGUACUCAACUAGUUAGAUUGAUUGCUAGACUUGAUGUUCCUAUCUCUAUGGGUGAAUCUGAGGCUUUUGAAGAGUUUAUUAAAAGUGCUUAA